AUGGACUCUUUGGGGCCCUUUCGCAAAGCUGUUGAAGGAGUGAUUAAUUUUAUUUGGAAACAUGGUGUUCGACAUGUGACUUACAUAGUCCAUUACAAACAAAAUGUUCUUGAACUAAAUGAUAGUGUUAGGAAUCUUGUAUCCGAAAAGGAGAGGAUAAAACAUCAAUCUGAUGAGGCUGAGAAAAACCUAAACAAGAUUGAAGGUAAGGUUACAGAAUGGGUUCGAAAAGUGGGUGAGAUUGAGACUAUAGUGAAGGAGUUUGAAAACGACAAUGGCCAUAAAAGGGCUCGGUCGCCCAAUUAUGUAUUCCACUUGUGGAAUAGACACAAACUUGGAAGAAAAGCAAAGAAGAUGGAAGCGGGUGUUAAAAAGCUAAUUGAUGAAUCCCCCAAACUUGAUGAAGUUUCCUACAGGCAAAAUGUAACAUCUAAUGAUGCCACGUUGUCUAAUUUUGACUUUGAAGAAUUUGGUUCUACAAAAUCCACGAUGGAAAAAGUAAUGAGACAACUUGAGGAUUCCACUGUAAGAAUGAUUGGGUUGUAUGGGCCUGGGGGUGUGGGUAAGAGCACUUUAGUCAAAGAAAUUGCAAGAAAAGCUAAAGAGAAAAAGUUGUUUGAUGUGGUGGUUAAAGUAGAAAUAACAGCCAACCCCAAUCUACAAAACAUUCAAGAAGAAAUUGCUUAUGUGUUAGGUUUGCGAUUGGAAGAGGAAGGUGAAAAUGUGAGAGCUGAUUGUCUACGGAGGAGACUAAAGGCAGAAAAAAGGAACAUCCUUUUGAUCUUGGAUGACCUUUGGGACAAAUUAGACCUGAACAAGUUAGGGAUUCCAGUUGUUGAUGACGAUGAUGAUUUAAGUAAUGAUAACAGGGAUCUUAAGGACAAAGAUUUGGAAAAAAAUGAUGAUAACAAUAAGGAUCUUAAUCGCAAAAAAAUGAAAAAAGAAAAAUUUCUUGGUAGUCACAAGGGAUGCAAAAUUUUGCUAACUUCACGGAACAAAAGAGUAUUGUGUGAUGAAAUGGAUAUAAAGUCGACUUUUUGUGUGCAAAAAUUAGAUGACAAGGAUGCUUUGAUGUUGUUUCAAAAGUUAGUUGGAAUAAAAAAUGAAAUGUCUGACUCUAAACAAGAAAUUGUGAAGAAGUAUUGUGCAGGGUUACCCUUGGCUAUAGUUACAGUUGCAAGGGCACUAAGAAGCAAGAGUGAGUCAGUAUGGGAAACUACAUUAGAAAAACUUAAAAAGCAAGAAUUGGUGGGAGUGCAAACAUCUAUGGAUAUUUCAGUGAAGAUGAGUUAUGAUCAUCUAGAAAACGAGGAGCUGAAGUCUAUUUUCUCUUGUGCUCAAAUGGGGCAUCAACCGCUAGUUAUGGACUUAGUGAGGUACUGUUUUGGUUUAAGUAUACUUGAAGGCAUCUCCUCACUUUGGGAAGCUCGGGAUAGAAUUAAUACAUCAAUCCAAAAGCUGAAAGACUCGGGCUUGGUGUUGGACGGAAGUUCUAAUAACCAUUUUAAUAUGCAUGACAUGGUACGAGAUUCUACUUUGUCUAUAGCAAAAAAACAUAGAAAUGUUUUUACUCUCAGAAAUGGAAAACUAGAUGACUGGCCUGAACUCGAGAGUUGCGCUUCUAUUUCUAUCUGCAAUUGUGAUAUCACUGAUGGGCUUCCUGAAGUCAUCAAUUGUUCCCAACUUAAAUUUUUUCAAAUAGACACUAAUGAUGCAUCUUUGAUAAUACCUGAGACAUUUUUUGCAGGAAUGAAAAAUCUCAAACUUAGAAUGCUUUGUUUGGAGCGAUGCACUUUAGAUGACAACUUAUCUAUAGGAGAGCUGAAAAAAUUAAGAAUUCUCAGCUUCUCUGGUUCUCAACUUAAAAGUUUGCCAAUUGAGUUAGGGUGCUUGCAUAAGUUACAACUGCUAGACAUCAGUGAUUGUUCCAUUAUGGAGAUGAAUAUUCCGCAUGAUCUUCUAUCACGUUUGACACAUUUAGAAGAGUUGUAUAUAAGAAAGAGCUUGAUCAAAAUGUUUGGAGAGACAAACCAAGGUCAAAAUUUGUUUCUCUCUGAGUUAAGAAAUUUGCAUCAGUUGAAAGUGGUGGACUUAAGCAUUCCACAUGUUUCACUUUUGCCCAAUCACUUGUUCUUUGACAGGUUAAAAGAUUACAAGAUUGUGGUUGGAAACUUGGAAAUGUUUGGAGGCUUCAGGAUGUCCGAUAAGUAUGAAACAUUUAGAGUUUUGGCAUUGCAAUUGAAUGAUGACACUAACAUCCACUCCCAAGAAGAUAUAAAAUUGUUGUUUAAAACAGUACAAAGUUUGUUAUUGGGAAAUAUGGAUGGUGUUCAAAAUUUUGUUGGUGAGUUGAAUAUAGAUGGAUUUCCAGAUCUGAAACACUUAUCCAUCAUAAAUAACAAUCACAUAAAAUAUGUUAAUUCAACAGAGUUGUCUAACUGUGUGGAUGUUUUACCCAAUUUGGAAUCUCUAUGCCUUUACAACUUGGGGAGCUUAGAGAUGAUAUCUUAUGGUCCCAUUACAGACGUGUCAUUCGCCAAAUUAAAAGCCAUCAAGGUCGAGAUGUGUUAUCGAUUGGAGAAUUUAUAUUCCUUUUACAGGGUUAAAUUUUGUGCUAAUGUAGAAAUAAUUGAGGUUUGUGAAUGUGGUUCUUUAAAGGAGAUCCUUCAAAUACCAGUGGAUUAUGGUAAGGUUGAAUUUCUUAAGUUGCACACUUUGACACUCCAAUCGUUACCAUCAUUUACAUGUUUUUAUACCAAAGUGGAGGAUUCUUGCUGGCCACAUCUAAGAGAGGCUCAAAGUACAAAUAGGUGUGACAGAGAAAUUACUAAUGAAGGAGAUGGGGAAAGUGACAAGACAUUUCCUAUUUUUGGUGAACUGGUUGAAAUCCCAAAUUUAGAGAGCUUGAAUAUAUCAUCACUAAACAUUCGUAAAAUAUGGAGCAACCAACCCUCAUCAAGUUUCUGCUUUCAAAACUUGAUAAAAUUAGUUGUGAAAGGUUGUCAUAAAUUGACAUAUCUAUGUUCAUUGUCUAUGGCUAGUAGUUUGAAGAAGUUGAAAACUCUCGUCAUAAGCGAGUGUUCGAUUAUGGAGAACAUUUUUGAGGCUAAAGGAAGUAGUGCAAACAAGGUUUGCGUCUUCCCUAAGUUAGAGGAAAUUCACCUUAGCAAAAUGAACAAAUUAACGAAUAUAUGGCAAACUAAAAUGAGUGUGGAUUCUUUUUCUAGUCUCAUUUCCGUGAACAUUGAAGAAUGCAAUGAACUAGACAAGAUUUUUCCACGUCACAUGGAAGGGUGGUUUGAAAAUUUGGACAACUUGAAAGUUUCUAAAUGUCAAUUGGUGGAAGUGAUUUUUGAAGGAAUUCUCAACUUUAAAAAGUUGCGGACCAUAGAAGUAGGGGAUUGUAAUGAACUUAGAAAUUUGUUUCCAACUUCUAUUGGCAAAGAUGUUCCAAAGCUUGAACGCAUGUCAGUAUUGCAUUGUUGGAAAAUCGAGGAAAUUGUUGCAAGUCAAGAUGCAUCAGAAGCCAACAAAGACCCGCUAGUGUUUCCUGAACUAACAUAUAUCAGAUUAUAUGAUCUACCAAAUAUCAAGUAUUUCUACAAGUGGGGUCAUGCUAUAAAAUGUCCAAAGUUAAAGGAGUUGAAUGUGAAGCUUAAAAUGUUUCUCAAAGAAACUUGUAAAACAACGGAUGAAGAGGAAGAAUUUGUUUUUUCAUCUAAAGAGGUAUUCCCCAACUUGGAGUAUAUGGAACUGGACUUCGAGGAAGCACAAGAAUUGUUACCAAAGUACCAGAUGCACCGUCUAAAAGAACUUAGUUUGAUUUCAGUCAAAGUCGAUCUUCUCAGCCAGUUUCCAUACAGAAUACCAAAUUUAGAAAAGCUAAAAUUGAUUUUCUCAAAUAUUGAAGUGUUAGUGCCAAAAGAAAACUUUGCACAACAAAAAAGAUUGGGAAUCACAUUAGAACUGAAGGAAUUAGUUUUGUUGCAUUCAACUAUAAAAGAUCUAGGGUUAGGACGAGUUCCAAUUCUACGAAAACUAAAGCUUUUAAGCUUAGAAAGUUGCAGUGAUUUGAGCAAUUUAGGUCCUCCCUCUGUAUCACUGACUUACUUGACGUAUUUGGAAGUGAAGUUUUGUCGGGAAUUAAGCAGCUUAAUGGCUUCCUCCACUGCCAAAAGCAUGGUUCAACUCAAGACCAUGAAGGUAAUAUAUUGUCCUAAAGUAGAGCAAAUAGUAAGCAAUGAGGGAAGCAAAGAAGACGAAGUGAUCAAAAUUGUAUUCAACAAAUUGAUUUCUAUAGAACUUGUGGGGCUAAAAAACAUGAGAAGCUUUUGCAGUUACAAGGAUUGUGAAUUUGAAUUCCCAUCACUGGAAAUCUUGAUUGUGAGAGAAUGUCCGAAGAUGGAGAAAUUCAGUGAGAGAAGGUCAAUAACACCGAAAUUAAAAGAUGUAUUUGGCGUGGAAGGAGAAGAAAAAGCCAAAUGGCAGUGGGAAGGUGACUUGAAUGCCACCAUACAAAAAAUUUUCAAUGAUAAGGUCACUUAUUCAUACAUUGAGGAUCUGUAUCUGGGUAUGGGAUUUGGCUACAACCAGUAUUUUGAAUUGGUAAAUCAACUAUUGCAUGACAGUCAUUGGGUGCAGCAAAAUAGCUUUCGCUCUUUGAAAAGGUUGAGUGUAGAGGGAUGUGAUACUCUAGUGCAUGUAAUUCCAUCUCAUUUGUUUUCUUGCUUUCACAAUUUGGAAGUGUUGCAAGUAGUCAAUUGCAGGAAUGUAGAGGUCAUAUUUAAUAUCAAUGAUGAGAACAGGCUCAAAAAAGCUUCCGGAAUAUUCCGUUUGAAAAAGUUGUCUUUACUAGAUCUACCAAAGCUGGAACUUUUAUGGGACAAGGAUCCAAAGGGAAUUAGCCUUAAAGUUCUAGAGGAAGUGUGUGUUUCAAGAUGUAAUGUUCUUAGAAGUUUGUUUCCAGCAUCGGUGGCCAAAGAUCUUACCAGACUUGAGGUGCUUCAGGUAACAGAGUGUGGGCAAUUGGCAGAGAUAUUUUGGAAGGAUGAGAAGGGUUUGUUUCGAGCAAGGGUGGUGUUUCUGUCAAUAUGGUAUGGAGAAUUGGCAGAGAGAUUUAGGAAGGAUGAAAAGGGUGAUGAAGGAGAAGGAACAACACAACAGUUUGUGUUUGCUCAUCUCACCUCAUUGAGGUUAGAAAAAUUGCCACGCCUCCAAUACUCUAUCCACUGCUCCAAAGAAGAGGAGAGUAUAUCAAAUUUAAGCGAAAGAGAUAUACAAGAGUUAUGCCUUGGCUCAUGGCCCAUCCCAAACUCCUCCUUCGGCCUCUUAGAAUCUCUAAUUGUGGAUGGUUGCAAGUUUUUAUCAGAUGUAUUUUUACCAUUCAGUUUACUUCCCUUCUUAACUAAUUUGAGAAAAUUGGAUGUUGCAAACUGUGAAUUUGUCAAAACCAUUUUUGAUAUCACUUAUGCAACACAAGAAAAAGAUGUGACAUCUACCAUAUCAACUCUUCUUUUUUCCUUGGAGAAUUUGACUCUAUCAAAGCUUCCAAAUCUGGAGAAUGUUUGGAAUAAAGAUCCUCGAAGUAUUCUAAGCAUGCGCUAUCUAAAAGAAGUACAUGUUAAGAAAUGUAAGGACCUUACAAGUGUAUUUCCGGCAUCAAUAGCCAAAGAUCUUGUGGAACUUGAAAAUCUAAUGGUAGAAGAUUGUGAGGGAUUGAUGACUAUUAUUGCAGAGGAUAACACAGAUCUAAGCGGAACACAUCAACAGCUCCUCUGUCUCCCUAUUAGGUCAUUGGUACUAAGGGCUUUGCCCAAACUCAAGUAUUUUUACUACUGCUCACUACCAGGCGACAAUUUUGCACCUCUAGAAUCACAUAACGAUAAUCAAGUCUGCACUCAAAAGUGUCUGUCACUGGGAGAGAAAGGUAUGGAAAUGGUUUUGCGGGGAGAAUUUCAGAAAAAACUCCUAAACAACAUAAAAUUUCUUACUCUAUACUUACAGAAGGAUGUAUUUCGAUAUGAAAUUCUAAAGGAGUUGCCUAAUAUUGAAAAGCUUGUGGUGCGUGAGGGUUCUUUACAGGAGAUGUUCUGUUGUGAAAGUCUUAAUAAUGUGGAUUAUAAUGGACUUCUUUUACAACUCAAAGUGUUAGACUUGGAGUCCAUUAAAAAGCUCAUUUCCAUUGGGUCAAACUUGGUAGCAUGCAAAGUGUCUUUCUUCGGUCUGACAUAUUUGAAAGUACAAAGUUGCGAUAACCUGCUAUAUUUGUUCACAUCUUCAACAACCAAAAGUUUGGGUCAACUCAAAAGAAUGGAGAUAAAAUGUUGUGACUCAAUUGAAGAGACAGUGUUUAAGGAGGGGGAGGAAUCAAAUGAGGAUGAAAUAAUAUUUCCGAAGCUCAAUUAUUUGAAUUUUGAACGUUUAGAAAAUCUAUCAUGGUUCUGCAGUGGGAGUUUAAGUCUCCCAUCCUUAGAGGAAUUAUCAGUAACAGAUUGUCACCGGCUGAUAUCUUUAUGUACUGGUACGCUAGAAGCAGACAAGUUGUCUCAAGUUACAAUGAAUUGCGAAGAGACUAUUCCAUUAAAGACUGAUCUCAACUCUAUUAUGAUGAAGACAUUUUUGACUGAGGUAUGUGUUUAA